AUCUAUACUUGUAAACCUGAAUUAGUUUAUUGAAUGUAUUCGCUGUGACUAUUUAAACAUAUAAUGGCGAGACGAGGACUAUGGGAAUGACAAGACAUAAUGCAUCAUUAGCAAUAUUUUUUACCAUCUUCGCUGGAUGCCUGGCGGGAGAGUAUUGUUCCUACUCCAAUGUUGGCGGGGGCGGAGUUCAAUAUCUAUACUGUGAUGUCACGUGUUGUGGUUACUACUACAGCCGGUACUGUUGUACUUUCACAUCGACGGCUCUGUAUGUAGGCGCGAUAUCGGGAGCUGUUAUAUGCAUCGCUCUCGUCAUAGGAAUCCUGGUGUGUUGUAUCUACAAAGGGAAAACGCCAGUCCGGCGACAUCGCAACAUCAACAACAGUACAUCCAACGACCAGUUUCAGUGUUCUAGGAUUUACCGCCAUGACUCUCCCAAGCCUCCACCCUACUCCAUCCACCACCUUCACCCCCCGGAAUACCACGAAGAUCCACCCCCGCGUUAUCUGACGCCUAUACCAGGAUCAGAGUAUCACAAUAUUCCGGGAACAAUGGCAGACAGCUGACCAUUCUGUGUACCUGUGUUGUUUGUUGGGAUUUCAUAAUCAAUGAAUAAUGAACAUGACUUGAUAGAACUUGACAAAUUCUAUUUCCUAACCCGCCCUAACGCAGUCUAUGCAAAUUUUUAUUCGAGUGAGAGAAAUAUUCGCUUGUCUCGCGAAUUCCACGUAUCUUGCUAAUAUUUGUUUUCGUGAGGCAAUUUUGUUUUACGCAUACGAUGCAGCUGUUGACUCAGUUGCGAAAUUUUGUAACUAACGGACCACUCGCCGAGAUAAUUAAUAACGAAGAUCGGUAGAUUUAUGAACAGCAAUGUGUUUAUAAAAAGCAUCGUCAGCUUAUAAAGAGCACCUGCGAAUUUCCGAGGUUUGUCGCAUUUACAGUAAGUUCGUUUGUGUCCCCACUAUUCUGACAAAUCCAUUUCCUUUUCUAAGCAAAUAUUUCGCAGCUUAAAUCUACAAAAUGUAUCAGUAUAAUAUUCUAUACCGGAAGUGGGGCCACCUCGACCGAGUUACCAACCAAUAAAAGGCAUUAUCGUCUGAUUUUGUGUAUUUACAAUAAUGUCAAUUUCAUACAGAGUUUAUUACACAUCAUAUCUGUUAUUGUUACUAUAAUCUGAGCUCCUAAAAUAAAAACAUAAAAAGCAACA